GGCUGUCACCACCAGGGCGCCAUUGGCAGUGCUCAUCUCAUUCUAGCCCUCUCUCUGUCUCUCUCUUUCCCCAGCUCUGCUCACGCACCCAAAGCAAAGCCACAACUUCACAAGCCAGCGCACGGCAAGCAUCACAGAGACGAGAGACGAGUGAAAAUGGGCAACGCUCUGCCGUGCUUGGUCGACCAGGGCGUGAAGGCUCUGCCGGCGGCGGCGAAACCCAGGCGGAGGAUGUACUCGCUCAAGCUUCUCAUGAAGGUCCUCCACAGAAUGAAGAUGACGCCGUGCGGCGGCAAGAUUGGCGGCAAGUCCUCGCCGGAGUCUGGAGUAGGUGGAGCGGGUGGUGUGAAGAGCAUCAAGGCCAGCCACGGCAAGGCUUCCCCGAGACGAGCGGCUGUUGGUGGUGGUGGCCAGAGGAAGGGCGUCGUCAGGGUGAAGGUGCUCCUGAGCAAGGAGGAGGCGGCGCGGCUGCUGUCGCUGACCGUGGGAGGCCAGAAGACGGCGGCGCAGAUCGUGGCCGAGAUCAAGAGGAUGGAGGCCCGCCGUGCCGCCGCCAAUGCCGGGUGGCGGCCCGCGCUGGAAAGCAUCCCGGAGGAGUCGUCGUAGAUGCACCGUGCAUGUUGUGUACUAGGAUCGUGCCGUGUUGGAGACUUGGAGCCGAGAGAGGGAGGAGGGAGAUUUGGGUUGAGAGGCGAGCAAGUUACAAUUGUAAUUAAGCUCCCCCUCCCAUGCACAUCCAUGAUGCUGGACCUGGAGCUGGACUUGCUGCCCCUGGUGUGUAUACUGUGUAGUAUAGCAGCUUCCCUUUUUUGAAGCUUCACUCUCUUCUGUUCCUCCUGCUGUUCACCUCGCUUGUCGCUUGUACUCUCCAAACGAAAGAAAUGCAACGACGUCUUGCCUUCUUCUUCAUACAUCAA